CAUUUACCCUCCGUGUUCAAGACGACAGUAGACGGGACCGAUGCAUGGGGAAUCAGUGACCUCUUGUCUCCUCAUCAUACUAAACCGGGGCUGUGGAGGAUACAUGGACGUACGAACCCAGGACCACUGGAGAGCAUAUUGGGUCGAGAUCCGCGCGUGGCUGGGUCCGUCAUGUUUGGUCGCGGCCAAUUGAACGCUGGUGUUCUCAUAGAUCCCAGUCCCUCGGAAGGUUUUGACCCAAAUGAUAUGGGCAAACUCAUCGCGCCUACCAUCGAACGUAUAAAUAAUUAUGCUCCGCAACACUCCCGUAUCUUCAAAGAAACGAUAAUCGUGGCGUCAGGGCCCUUUAAACCUUUCACCUACACUGCGAAGAACACAGCCCGUAGGCAAGCUGUUCUAGCUCAGUACGAAGAGGAGAUCCAGCAGUUAUAUGACUCCGCUGAGGAAUCGAUUCAAGCUAAUAUACCGCCUCCGGGCAAGUGGUCUUACGUAGAGUCUAUCAAAUACGUGCGAACAGUGGUGCAUCAAGUUUUGAAGUAUCAGGUGCUGGACUCGGACGACUUAUUCCAACAUGGCUGCGACAGAAAUACCCUCCUACAUGCUUUGCGUCAAUCGAUGCGCAAUGUGAGGGAUGUGACCCCGAGCUUUGUCUACGAGCAUCCAAACAUUGCUAGGCUGGCUCAGUUUAUGUCUUAUCAGGGCUCCAGCACAAGAUCGCAUGCCCCCAGUUCCGACAAGUUAUCCGAAAUGGAAAACAUGGCUGAGGCGCAUAGCCAAGAUCUUCCUCUUCAUAGUCCCACGUCCACGCAUGCUGCAGAGGACACCGUCCUCCUUACCGGUAGCACAGGAGGUCUCGGUGCGGCCAUCCUGGCGCGGCUUCUUAGGGACACGGCCGUGCGCAAGGUUUUUGCUAUCAAUAGGCGAAGCGGGUCCGGUACGAGCCUGUUGGAGACACAGAAGAAGUCUUUUUCUGAGAGAGAUCUUGAUAGCACGCUUCUCUAA